AUGGGAAACAUAUGUUCUGCAAGUGGCGAAGAUGCCAAAGCCAAUCAAGAUAUUAACUCUCAGAUCGAGAAAGAGAGAAAGAAGAAGUACAAUGAAGUCAAGUUAUUGUUACUUGGUGCCGGUGAAUCAGGCAAAUCAACAAUCGCCAAACAAAUGAAGAUUAUUCAUCAGAGUGGAUAUAGUGACGAUGAGAGGAAGGAGUUUAAGCCAAUUAUAUACAGGAACAUACUGGACAAUAUGAGAAUCCUGUUGGAUGGAAUGUCCCGAAUAGGAAUGAAUGUUGAUCAAGCAAAUGCUGAAGCAGCCACAAUGGUAAAGGACCUCACCUCCUUAAACUCGGUGGCCUCCACAGACAACUGGAAUGAGAUGGGUGAGGACCGUGGCAAGCAAAUCAAAGGACUCUGGGCUGAUCCAAGCAUCAAGCAAGCCAUGAAGAGAGUAUCAGAGUUUAGUACACUUCCAGACUCUGCUCCAUAUUUCUUUGACAACAUUGAUAGAAUGAUAUCCCAGGUAUACUUACCAACAGACCAAGACAUACUACAUACAAGAGUGAUGACCAGAGGAGUGCAUGAGAUCAACUUUGAGGUUGGCAAGAUUAAGUUCAGAAUGGUAGACGUUGGAGGCCAACGUAGUGAGCGAAAGAAGUGGUUGUCAUGUUUUGACGAUGUCACUGCCGUAGUGUUCUGUGUUGCUCUGAGUGAAUAUGACCAGCUGCUAUACGAAGACAACACCACCAACCGUAUGCUAGAGUCGAUGCGUGUCUUUAACGACGUGUGCAACACAUGGUUCAACAACACUCCCAUCAUUCUGUUCCUCAACAAGUCGGAUCUGUUCCGCGAGAAGAUCAAGUCGGCCGAUCUGGCCGAGACGUUCCCAGAGUACAAGGGCGGCAAGGACUUUGAGCGUGGCGCCAACUACAUCAAGGAGCGAUUCAUGCAGAUCAACAAGAACGAGAACAAGAGCAUCUAUUCACACAUCACCUGUGCGACUGAUACCGACAACAUUCGUGUAGUAUUCCAAGCAGUGAAGGACAUCAUAUUCACCCAAUGUGUAAUGAAGGCUGGACUGUAUUCAUAA